AACAAAACAAGACAACAAAUUGAUGCACAUGUCACCGACGGCGCACGAUAGCUUUCCUCCGCCAUGGAUCCUUCUGAAUCUGAAUCACUACCGGCGAGCUCUUCUCCGAUCAACUCCGCCUCCGCCUCCGCGGUCGAAGAUCCUCUCUCGAGUCCGUACGCCUCUCUGAACUCUCACUGCCACGACCUCUCCACGCUGCAGGACCUCGCCUGCCGCGGCGCGUGGCGGACGAUCCUGGACAAGGUAGCGCGCUCGCGCUCGCUUUCCCUCCUUUCUCGGCCGCACGAGCAUCUAAUUUACCUCACUUUCAACGUCCUCGCCCUGGUCAAGCUCCGCCGCUUCGCCGACGCGCAGCAGGAGUUCGAAACCCUAGAUGACGAUCUCGGAUCGAAGCAAUACCAGUUCGAGUCGUUUCCGGAUCAGUACCCGAACAACAAGUCCGGAUCUAUGGUUCCGUUCGCGCUCCGUUGGCUGCACGCGCACUUGCCGUUUACGCUAGGUGAUCGCCAAUUAUCUCUCGAUCGCCUUUACGUUCUCCUGCAUUUCAUUCGCGACACGAAAUUGUCGCGCAAUCGCGAUUCGGUUACUGAAAUCUCGAUCGAUCUGUGGAGGAAGCGUGAAACGUUUGUGAUCAAUUCUAUUGUGAGUCACCAUUUGACUCUGAAGGAAUUUAAGGUGUGUCUCUAUUUGUUGAAAUCGGAGACUAGUAAACUUGAGGAUCCGUUCAUGGUGUCGAAAUUAGGUUACGUUCAGAUGCAAUACGGCGAUUUGGAAGGGGCUAAACGGAGCUUUGAAUUGGUUGAGAAAAUGGUGGAGAAGAGUGAGGGUGGGGAUGCGAAUUCGAAUUCGAAUUCGAAUUUGAAGAAUUUGGUAGGUAGGAAUAAGGCAUUGACAUAUUUGGUUGGGAAGGAUUAUGUAUCAGCUGUGAGGGAGUAUGAGGCGUGUAUGGAGAGGGAUGCAUCCGAUUUUGUGGCGAUCAACAACAAAGCUCUUUGUUUGAUGUAUUUGAGGGAUUUGUCGGACUCGAUUAAGGUGCUGGAGAGCGCGCUGGAGAGGGUUCCGACUGUGGCGUUGAAUGAGACACUUGUUGUGAAUCUGUGUAGUAUGUAUGAGCUGGCUUAUGUGAAUCAUGCUGAUAUAAAGAAGACACUUAGUACUUGGAUUGCGAGAGUGGCUCCUGACGACUUUGAUACCUCGUGUACCAGGAUUUGAGCAGGUUUUCGUCACAGGUCUGCUUAGUUGUAAGAUUAAUUCAAAAUGCUUAGUUGUAUGAUUAUAAUUAAUCUGGAAAUUCUUGGGGAACACAAAUUUCAAGUGAUUGUCGUAUUCAGAUGCUAAUGCGAGUUACUUCAGUCACAACUCACAAACAUUGUUUGCUUGAAAAUGAUCAAAUUCUGCGUUGCAAUUGAGAUUUGAGGUGCCGAAAAAUUUGAAAUGCACUGGCUUUCUCUGCAUUUGAUAUGUGUAGCUGUUCUUUGUUCUGUGUGGCAUGGAUUUUUUGCUCGAAUCACUAGUCUUUAUUCAUGAUGAUGACGAUUGUUUUUCUUGUCUAUGAUUGUGGAGGAACUGUGAUGCUUGUGACUGUACAUGAUUCUGUAUAUGUAAGUGGAGGAUUAUGCAUAAUCUGGAAAUUCUUCCGGAACACAAAUUUCGUGUGACGGUUGUAUUCAUAUGCCAAUGCAAUUUGUUUCAGUCACAAGCAUGAUUUGGUAAUUGCUACUACAUUCAUUUUCGUGCCUACCUGUUCUUGUCGUAGAAUCACAUACUGUAGCAAGAGUACUUUUACCUUCACGAUUCACUAGUGUCCAUCAACGUAUAUUGUAGACGCAGUUGCUAGCAUUGCAUACUAUACAUCCGUCGUGCCCAGCUUGAGGCGCGAGUUCUCUCUAUUCUCUGACAUUAUCCACCUAAAAUGGAGCAACGGAGUAAGCUUUUGCUUAAAAGGAUUCCAUUUUGGCUGUUUCUUUGUCUUGCUUGUUUUAGCUUGACAUGCCUAUAACUGUAAUAUAUUUUCCGAGGGAUUGUUUGGAUGAGGAUAUGAGACUUUAAUUGUGAAAUGUGAAAUGUGAAAUGUGAGUAUAUUUUUUGCUUA